GCCGGAGAGAGAGCACCGCCGCUCCGUGACCAGAGUGGAAUGUCCCCAAGUUUUGGAAUUUAAAACCAUGGCGAGGAAAUCUGCCCGGAGGAUCACCUGAACCCGGCUCCCACCUCGUGCCUCUGUGGAUGAUGUUCCUGAUGACGGCUUGCAACGCUGAGAACAGGACAGCGGAUCAAUAGGAGUUUUGCUUCCCCUCCCUUCGUCCUUCUCUCUCCCUCGAACUGUCCUUCCUUAUUCCUUGACAGAAGAGCAGAAACAUAAGAAAAUCCUGACUUGGGACUUGGUACCAGAGCUUACGCCUCGUCCUUCUCCUCCUCUCUUUCUCCUUCCCCACCCCCCAUAGGCCUUGCCUCUAGACUGCCCAGAUAUGUGCCCCCUAGCUCGGUCAGUGACUUCCCCUGGCCAGGGGAACUUUUUUCUCCUUUUGGGACUUCUGAUUAUCAUGAGCUCGUCCUUCUCUGGAGGCCAGCCCCCGCCCUUCAAACGAUUUGCCCCUGCUGAGUGGGGGCUUACACAUUUGGCCAUCCACAACAAAACUGGAGAAGUGUAUGUGGGAGCUGUCAACUGGAUUUUCAAGCUGUCUAGCAACCUGACCAAACUGCGCAGCCACAUGACUGGCCCAGUUGUGGACAAUGAGAAGUGCUACCCUCCGCCAAGUGUCCAGUCCUGCCCUCACGACCUGGCCCAGACCCCCAAUGUGAACAAGCUUCUUCUCAUAGACUAUGCACAGAACCGCCUCAUCGCCUGUGGCAGCACUUCGCAGGGGAUCUGCCAGUUCCUACGUCUGGAUGACCUCUUUAAGCUUGGCGAGCCCCACCACCGUAAGGAGCACUACCUCUCCAGUGUGGCCGAGUCGGGUACCAUGUCUGGGGUCAUCAUAAGCUCCCCCCACAGUCCGACCAGCAAGCUCUUCAUCGGAACCCCCAUUGAUGGCAAGUCUGAGUACUUCCCCACAUUGUCCAGCCGCAAGCUGAUGGAGAAUGAAGAAAACGCUGACAUGUUCAGCUUUGUCUAUCAGGAUGAGUUUGUGUCCUCUCAGCUGAAGAUCCCCUCAGACACUUUGUCCAAGUUCCCUGCUUUUGACAUCUAUUAUGUUUACAGCUUCAGCAGUGAGCAGUUUGUCUAUUAUCUAACGAUGCAGCUGGAUACCCAGUUGACUUCACCCGAUGCCAGCGGAGAGCAGUUCUUCACUUCCAAAAUUGUCCGCCUCUGCGUCGACGACCCCAAGUUUUACUCCUACGUGGAGUUCCCCAUUGGCUGCACUAAAGAUGGGGUAGAGUACCGCCUGGUGCAGGAUGCAUUCUUGGCUCGGCCGGGCCGGCAGCUGGCCAACUCUCUUGGGAUCUCUGAGAAUGAAGACAUCCUCUUCACAGUCUUCUCUCAGGGUCAGAAGAAUCGGGCCAAGCCACCCAAAGAGUCAGCGUUGUGCCUGUUCACCCUGAGGAGGAUAAAAGAGAAGAUCAAAGAAAGAAUUCAGUCCUGCUACAAGGGAGACGGGAAACUCUCCUUACCCUGGCUGCUCAACAAGGAGCUCGCCUGCAUCAACUCGCCGCUGCAGAUAGACGAUAACUUCUGUGGCCAAGACUUCAACCAACCUCUGGGGGGAACCAGCACCAUCGAGGGCACCCCUCUCUUCAUCGACAAAGACGAUGGCAUGACCUCUGUGGCGGCGUACGACUACCGCGGCAACACUGUGGCUUUUGUUGGCACGCGGAAUGGCAAACUGAAGAAGAUCUUGGUGAACUCUGUGAGUCCCAACCGACCAGCGGUGCUCUACGAGAAGGUGACUGUCAGCGAGGGAGGAAGCCCCUUACUGAGAGACAUGCUGUUCAGCCCGGACCAGCAGUACAUCUACACGCUGACUGACAGACAGGUGGUGCGAGUUCCAGUGGAGAGCUGCGAGCAGUACACCACUUGCGGGGAGUGUUUGGGCUCCAGAGACCCUCACUGUGGAUGGUGUGUCCUCCACAAUGUUUGUUCACGUAAGGACCGCUGCGAACGAGCAGGAGAGCCCCAGAGGUUUGCCUCCGACCAGAGGCAGUGUGUGGAGCUCACCGUUCAGCCAAGAAAUAUCUCCGUCACCAUGUCCGAAGUCCAGCUGGUCCUCCAGGCUCGUAAUGUGCCUGAUCUGUCAGCGGGGGUCAACUGCUCCUUCGAGGACUACGUGGAGACGGAGGGGCGGAUCCAGGGAGGACACAUCUUCUGCAUGUCUCCCUCUGUCCGGGACGUCAUCCCGAUCACACGGAACAAAGGUGACAAGAGGGUGGUGAAGCUCUACCUGAAAUCCAAGGAGACGGGCAAGAAGUUUGCCAGCGUCGACUUUGUCUUCUACAACUGUAGCGUCCACCAGUCCUGCCUCUCCUGUGUGAACGGUUCGUUCCCGUGCCACUGGUGCAAGUACCGCCACAUAUGCACCCAGAACGCCAACGACUGCUCUUUCCAGGAGGGACGGGUCAACAUCUCUGAGGACUGCCCUCAGAUCCUUCCCUCAACCCAGAUCUACAUCCCUGUCGGGGUGACAAAGCCCAUCACCUUAGCUGCCAAGAACCUGCCCCAGCCCCAGUCAGGACAGAGGAACUACGAGUGCGUCUUCCACAUCCAGGGGGAGACCCACAAUGUGCCCGCCCUGCGCUUCAACAGCACUUCCAUCCAGUGCCAGAAAACAGCGUACACCUAUGAAGGUAAUGACAUCAGCGACCUGCCCGUGGAUUUGUCUGUGGUUUGGAACGGCAUGUUUGUCAUCGACAACCCCUACAACAUCAAAGCCCACCUGUAUAAGUGCUACGCAUUGAGGGGCAGCUGCGGGAUGUGUCUGAAGGCAAACCCCAGGUUUGAGUGCGGCUGGUGCGUGCAGGAGAAGAAGUGCUCCCUGAGGCAGGAGUGUACCCCUCCAGAGAGCACUUGGAUGCACGCCACCACAGGAAACAGCCGCUGUGCGCACCCCAAGAUCACCAAGUUGUAUCCAGAGACGGGGCCCAGGCAGGGAGGAACCAUGCUGACCAUCACGGGCGAGAACCUGGGUCUGCAGUUCAAAGACAUCCAGAAUGGAGUCCGCAUCGGCAAGGUGUCCUGCAACCCUCAGGAGGACCAGUACAUCAGCGCAGAGCAGAUUGUGUGUCGGCUGAAUGACGCCACAGGUUACAGGGUGCAGGAGGCUCAGGUGGAGGUGUGUGUUAGGGACUGCAUUCACCAGGACUACAAAGCAGUCUCCACCAAGGCCUUCACCUUUGUGUCGCCGUACUUCACCCGUGUCUAUCCCUCCACUGGGCCACUGUCUGGAGGAACAAGGAUCACCAUUGAAGGCAGUCAUCUCAAUGCAGGCAGCGCUGUAUCCGUGAAGAUAGGACUUCACCCCUGCCGCUUCGAGAGGCGGAGCAACAAGGAGAUAGUGUGUGUGACCCCGGCGGGACAAGCCUCUGGCACCACCCCGGUCAUGGUGGACAUCAACUCUGCUGAACUGAGGAACCCAGAGGUCAAGUUCAACUACACAGACGAUCCCACCAUCCUCAAGAUCGAGCCCGACUGGAGUAUCGCCAGUGGGGGAACCAUGUUGACCAUUACUGGAACCAAUCUGGCCACCAUCAAGGAGCCCAAAAUGAGAGCCAAGUAUGGAGCUGUCAAGUCAGAAAAUAACUGCACGGUUGUCAACAACACCGUGAUGGUGUGUUUGGCGCCCUCUGUGGCUGGAUCUGACAAAGGCUUCUCGGAGGCGGGCAGCAGUCCUGAUGAGAUCGGCUUUGUCAUGGAUGAUGUGCACUCCGUGCUGGUGGUGAACGAGACUUUCAGCUACCACCCGGACCCCGUGUUCGAGCCUCUGAGCCCCUCGGGCAUGCUGGAGCUGAAGCCCAGCUCACCACUCAUACUCAAGGGCCGCAACCUCAUUCCUUCAGCUCCAGGAAACACUAAGCUGAACUACACGGUUCUGAUCGGGGAGACACCCUGCAUUCUCACCCUGUCUGAGAGCCAGCUGCUGUGUGAAUGGCCCAACCUGACUGGAGAGCACAAAGUCACUGUGCGUGUUGGGGGGUUUGAAUACUCACCAGGGACCUUGCAGAUUUACUCAGACAGCCUCCUCACCCUGCCUGCCAUCAUCGGUAUCGGAGGAGGUGGCGGCCUGCUCCUGCUCGUCAUCAUCGUGGUGCUGAUCGCUUACAAGAGGAAGUCGCGAGACGCUGACCGCACCCUCAAACGGCUGCAGCUGCAGAUGGACAACCUGGAGUCCAGGGUGGCCCUUGAGUGCAAGGAAGCCUUUGCAGAGCUGCAGACAGACAUCCAUGAGCUGACUCAGGAGCUGGACGGAGCAGGAAUCCCCUUCCUGGACUACCGCACCUACGCCAUGAGGGUCCUCUUUCCUGGGAUAGAGGACCACCCUGUGCUCAAGGAGAUGGAGGUACGGGUCCCCGCUAAUGUGGAGAAGGCCCUGACGUUGUUUGGCCAGCUGCUGACCAAAAAGCACUUCCUGCUGACCUUCAUCCGCACCUUGGAGGCACAGCGGUCCUUCUCCAUGCGAGACCGGGGCAACGUGGCCUCCCUCAUCAUGACGGCGCUGCAGGGGGAGAUGGAGUAUGCCACGGGCGUCCUCAAACAGCUCCUGUCUGACCUCAUCGACAAAAACCUGGAGAGCAAGAACCACCCAAAGCUGUUACUCAGGAGGACGGAGUCAGUCGCUGAGAAGAUGCUCACCAACUGGUUCACCUUUCUGCUUUACAAGUUCCUCAAGGAGUGUGCUGGUGAGCCUCUCUUCAUGCUGUACUGUGCCAUGAAGCAGCAAAUGGAAAAGGGACCAAUAGACUCCAUCACUGGAGAGGCCCGCUACUCCCUCAGCGAAGACAAACUCAUCAGGCAGCAGAUUGACUACAAGACUUUGACGCUGCACUGCGUGAACCCGGAGAAUGAGAACGCUCCCGAGGUGACGGUGAAGAGCCUGAACUGCGACACAGUGACGCAGGUGAAGGAGAAGCUGCUGGAUGCUGUGUACAAGGGCACGCCCUACUCCCAGAGACCAAAGGCCUCCGAUAUGGACCUGGAAUGGAGACAGGGUAGGAUGGCUCGCAUCAUCCUUCAGGACGAGGACGUCACCACUAAGAUAGACAAUGACUGGAAGAGACUGAACACGCUGGCUCACUACCAGGUGACAGAUGGCUCAGUGAUUGCCCUGGUGCCUAAACAGAACUCAGCCUACAACAUCUCCAACUCCUCCACCUUCACCAAGUCCCUCAGCAGAUACGGUACGAGAGAAGAGAGCAUGCUAAGGACGGCCAGCAGUCCAGACAGCCUGCGCUCCCGAACACCUAUGAUCACCCCCGACCUCGAGAGCGGCACCAAACUGUGGCACCUGGUCAAGAACCACGACCACUCAGACCAGAGGGAAGGGGACAGAGGGAGCAAGAUGGUCUCUGAGAUCUACCUGACCAGACUGCUGGCCACCAAGGGUACGCUCCAGAAGUUCGUGGAUGACCUGUUUGAGACCAUCUUCAGCACAGCGCACCGAGGAAGCGCCCUGCCUCUCGCCAUCAAGUACAUGUUUGACUUCUUGGACGAGCAGGCAGACAAACACUCCAUAUCAGACUCCGAUGUACGACACACUUGGAAGAGCAACUGUCUUCCUCUGCGGUUCUGGGUGAACGUGAUCAAGAACCCCCAGUUUGUCUUCGACAUCCAUAAGAACAGCAUUACGGACGCCUGCUUGUCUGUGGUGGCCCAGACCUUCAUGGACUCCUGUUCGACAUCGGAGCAUAAACUCGGGAAGGACUCGCCCUCCAACAAGCUGCUCUACGCUAAAGACAUCCCCAACUACAAGAACUGGGUAGAGAGGUACUACUCUGACAUCUCCAGGAUGCCGGCCAUCAGUGACCAGGACAUGAGUGCCUACCUGGCGGAGCAGUCGCGCCUGCACGCCAACCAGUUCAAUAGCAUGUCAGCCCUACACGAGAUCUACUCCUACAUCGUCAAGUACAAGGAUGAGAUCUUGUCGGCGUUGGAGCGGGACGAGCAGGCGAGGAGACAGAGACUGAGGAGCAAGCUGGAGCAGGUCAUCGACACAAUGGCCCUGAGCAGCUGAGGACCAUCCAGCACCUCCAUCUCCUCCUUGUCUUCAGUUCUCCUCUCCAUCUGUCUCUCCCCCUCGCUCCUCUCACCCAACAAACAAAACUCCAACCCCCAACAACACGACAGACGAACUGCAAAAGGACCGAAGCAGUAUACUGCAAAACGGGGGGGAGGGGUUCGGCAGAGAUGGGCGGGCCUGUGUACGCUUACAUGUGUAUGUGUGUGUGUUUGUCUGCAGCCCCGUCCAGUGUGUGGGCUGGUGUCUGUGUGAGGGACUGGGACCCCGGACGUCUCCACACAUGCACACAUGGAGAAACAUGUGAACUGACAGCAUUUGAUUCUUGUGGAUGUUGGUGUUUUGUUGUUUGCUUGAUUUUGAUUUCAGGAGUUUUGUCGUGCUGAAGCGAUGGUCAGGAAAGAAGCAACGAAAGCCUGGAAAGGAACUCCAUAUAUGGCAUCAUUAGCAGGAUGGACCAUCUGUGAUGAGCCAAUGGAGAGAGGCUCUGUAGGUCAUGUGACUCCAAUGGGUGUCACAGUUUUAAAGGAUGUUAGUUUUUUGUUUUUUUUGUAUAAAUGUAAUCAACUGCCCACUCUCUGAUCUCUCGCCACUUGUAUUACUGCUGAAUUUGCACAAUUUACAGAAACGUUACAAAGGAAGACGAUAUAGAUAUUAUAUAUAAAUACAGCUACGUUUUUAAAGAAAGAUUAGGGAGAAAACAUUUUUGUUGUUUUUCAUUUUAAACCAACAAACACAAUAAAAAUACGACAAUACAAAACAUGAUUUGAUAUUUCAAGUACAAAAGAAAAAAAAAGCUACGUAGACAAAAAAAAACAAAGAAAAAGAAACAAAAAAGUCGUACUGUGCCAUGUUUUCUUUGAAUGUUGUUUAGUGCAAAGACAUUUUGUUAGAUGGAAUGUGCUACCGUAUGAUUUUAAAUAUGAACAUGCCUAGUGACUGAAAAGAAUUGUUUGAGCAAUGACCCAUCAUAAGAUCCUUGUUGAAAAAAGCGGGAAGUCUUCUCGAGGACAAUUCAUGGUGAUAACAUGAAGUUGCUGUUGUUUCUAAUUCAAUCAGUGCAAUCUUUUGGUUCCAGAAAACCAAAUAUAUACUCACAGGAUUGUUGCUUUAUCAUGGCCACGUCUGUAUCCGCGGCUGGUUCUGUUCUUCGUGGUUCAAGGAGUGACAGCUCAGUGGGUCGUGGUUUAGUGACUGAACAAUGAAGUAGCUACAUUGCACUACCUGAAAUAUUCUGGUUUGCCCCCGACGCCACGCAGCCACCGCAUCAAACCGCGUCCUGAGUUUGUGUAGUCAUCCCUCGAAGGGUCAUUCAUUUUCCUGUUAGAGCAAAGCCAAAGUCUUGGUGCUCUCAGACGCCGUUUACGUCUUUACAGGAGCGACAAUGAGGUCAGGUAGAGCUUAGCCGAGCCCCUCAGCGGUGAAACAAAGUGGGAAAAGCCUAAAGCCACGGGUUUUUAGUUUUUUCAUUUUCUCAAUGUUAAUACCCAAAUAGAGGGGCAAGAAAAGAUAUACGGAGUGUUUCUCUCCACCUCUAACCUAUCUGUUUGAGACGGGGGCUUUAGCUUUUUAUCCACGAGGGGGUUAUAGAGAGAUACAGAGGUGAGACACCUCUGUUUAUUAGCUACACAAGGCUGAGUAAUCCUCCCUCAGCCUGCAGCUCUUGUUUCAAAACUAGCCUAUUGCCAUGUGUGGCUUAAGCUUUUUUUUGUUAUUACUGCUCUCUUAAGAGGAUUUCUUUGUUGCUCUUUUUUUUUUCUUGAAGUCUUGAAGUCAGGGUUUUUGACUUUGUGGUGAGAAAUACUGUUUUCCGAUUUUUUAUUUUUUUAUUUUUUUUUUAUUUUUCUGCUUGCCGAAAAACCAAACUGUGGUCUGUAUAAUGUUUUUGUUGAUGUUUUCAUUUGUAAAUUGUAUACUUUUUCAUGAUGAACAAAAGCUGUUUGCUUUUUGUUUUGUUGUUUUUGUUUGUUUUGAACAUGUAAAUUGUACAUUUUACGGUACACAGAAGACAAAAUUCUCUUCGGUUUGCCUGAAGUUGAAGUACUUGACCGAACCCGAGGUUUAUUUUCCUGAUAUCAAGGAUCAAAAUGAAAUUGUUGCAUCAGAUGAGCAUCCGUGUCUUUGUGAUGGAAAUGUGACUUGCUGCUUUAACUCUUGUACCUUGUUUUUCUAUCAAACAUUAGGGCUGUCAUUUUAUGCUGAUCAUAAAUGCUGUCGCUGUCCAUUUUUACGCCAGGUUCCUUAAAAAAGAACAAAAAAAAAAACAGUCUUCUCUCACACUGAAGAAGAGUGAGCACAAUAUCCCAAAUUCAUCUCAACCCACCGUUUUUUUUUUUGUCUGAGACGUGACAUUGCUUUCUACAGCUGCACACACACAUGAGCCUACAUGUAGUUCACCUGGAUACCUGCUGGGACUUGAUAGUUCACUCUGUACCUGCCUAAAGAAACGGUUCCCACUCUGCCCAUGUUCGGAUCAGAAUCUCUCCGUUUGGAUGACCAUGUUGGCUCCGCACAUCCAAUAAUCUGUGUUAGAAUCCUCAAUAUAAAAGAGAGCGCUGCGAAACAUCCACCAAACUAUCCUCAGUCCACUUUACAAACCUUACAAACACGUCUGCUUUCUUCAGCCGAGUUUUUGCUGCAUUCACACAUUUUGGUGCUCUUACUGAUCCCAUUGCAAGGAAACAGAUGAGCGGCGAGGCCCGAGCUCAGCGGUGCUGUUAACAGCGGCCCUUUGAAUGAUCAGUGUGAGUACAACGUACAGUCGGGACAAAUCCCUUCGCUCCCUGCAAAAGCACACAGACAGAAAGCGACUGACUCUACGGUGCUCAGUCGGUGAUCUGUCAGGCUUUUUAAAGACACUUAAAACAUUCUCAAUUCAUUCUCAGGUUCAUGCUCCAUUUGUGUCGUGUUCCGGGUGUAAGUUGGCUGAAUAAAUGACUGCUGGGGGAGUUGGCUUGUUUAUACUGUAGUUUGCAUGGCUGCUUGCCUUUUAGAUUGACCUGCUCUGCAAGUCCAGAAACAUCUUUAGAGGAACUUCCCAGCCACCUCUCUCUACCCCUCGUUUUGCACUGUUUGGUGUGAUAAUUGACUUGUAUUUAUUGCUGUUGAGGUGGUGUACAGCAUGUCGGUUGUCUUAGAGCGUUUGAUGUCAUCAGGAGGAAGCAAGCAUCAGCUGCUGACUUAACCUUGUCUCAAGAACGACAUGUAGUUUGACAUGAGUUGCUGGGUUUAAUGCUGAUUUCCUGUCAAAUCGGAACAAAUGAGCACGUGGAGUCGACUGCACUGCCUUCAGUGUGAGCAGAUUCAGCACACAGUCAUGUAUCUCAUGUUUAAUUCUCAGCUUUUCAGACAUGCUUUGUCACACUUUUGCCUUUCCAAAAAAAAAAACAACAAACAAA